GCUUCAGCCGCUGUCGUUGCAGUCAGCGCGUUCAGCUGCAGUCUGCUGCAGUUUGCUGUAGUCUGCUGCGGUCUGCUGCGAUCAGUACGUCCAGCUGCAAUCUGCUGCAGACUGCUGCUGUCAGUGCGGCAGUCUGAAACAACCCGAAGGUGGAAAAUAAAUCCGCGUGGCCCAAUAUGUAAGGGUAACCCCAUCACCAAGCAG